CUGGUAGGUUAAAUAAGACUGGUAUGGAUGCAUUAUACCUACCAAUUGUAUAUAGCUACAAACUUCGAUAUACUGUGAGCGGUUUAUUAGCAGUAUUGUUUGCAUUGACUUCAAUUCAAAACUCAUCAGCAUUACCUCAAAAACUAUCUGAAUAUUCAAAUAAAAACAAUGGGAGAUGGAAAAUAGAUAAUUGUUUUGUAGAGGAUCGGAAUUAUGACGUAACUUUUGUAAUAGACGCUGCAACGAGUCAAGAAAAUCUUCGUAACAUUCAAAGAUUUAUCAAUGACGUCACACGCCGGUUAAAUCUCCCCAAGAGCAGAGGGAAAAUCGGUUUUAUCACGUACGGCGUUAGAGUAAAGACCUUGAGACUCAAAAAGCGAUGGAGACAUCACGCAGAAUUGAGGGAUGCAGUGAAUGCUUUAAAACCUGUCGCAUCUUCCAGAAGAAAUGCCGGGAAGGCUUUAUUAUCGUUAUCUCAAACUGUGAACGCAAAGAGUACGAGCAGAAGUUUUAUUAUACUAUUGAUUGGUGGACAAUCGAUGGAUCCAGUUGUUCGUCCAGGAAGAAUAUUGCAAAGGAAGCAUGCAAGGAUAAUAGCUAUCGGAUAUAACAGAGCCAAUGCCACACAACUCAGGCCAGCAGUUUCGAGACCUGUCAAAGAUAACUUGAUUAUGCUCGAUUGGGGCGAUGAUCUCAUCAUGGCCACCGAUACCAUCCUUUCAAUAAUUUGCGAGGAAGUCUUGAACAGGAGAAAUCCAAUGCAGUCAAAGUUUCCUUUAAAAAAACAAGCCGUUAAAGGAAAAUCUACCAAUUUACUCGGACCUAGCUCAGUGAUUUCCUCGCCAGAAUCAAUUCAAUUAAAAUGGAAUGGAAAUUCCAGUCCGUUAUUACUGAAGUACAGGAUUGCGUGGGCACCAAGAGACGGAUCUUUAGAUGUAACAGUUAAAGGGAAUUUUUCAAUUGCUACACUGACCGGGUUGAACCCAGCUACGAUAUAUAAGAUUAAAGUAUCACCUCUUGCAAAAAGAACUUAUGGAAGACCUUUAACAAUUAUAGCUGCGACAGUUCCAUUGCCUGUUGCCAACCUCACAGCGAAAAUAGAAUACGUCGAACCCUGUACGUUACAAAAACAGCUUCAGAGGCUUUUUAAAGUUAAACAGGGAAUUGUGUUGAAACCAUCAGACUGUGAAAAAAGUAAAGCUGUUCUGUUUGUUGGAUGGCAAAAAACUUCAAAAUCAAAAUUCUAUAUGAUGUCGUCUGAGCCUAAAGCGGCAAGACUCGUGCGAUUGACGAAAAGGUCCACCAAACAAUUCUUAACAAAUGUUAAACCGGGAGUCGAGUACAAGCUUUCUGUUAUUACCAGAGGACCAAAACUGCAUGAAAGUAGCCCGGAGAGUGUUUCAGUUGUGAUACCUCCCAUGGAUCCUGUCCGAUUAGACACAGUUGUUGUUAACUCAACAACUGUAGCAGUUAGAUGGCAGAUGCCUAAACUUGCGAUAUACGAUAGCUUCCUAAUAUCAGUAAUAUCAGCAUUUGGGAAAACAUCGUACGGGGUUGGUGUCGAAGCGGUAAAAGCGGCAUCCGUAAAUCAGGACAUCGACCGUCCUUUCUACACAUCUUUAAUUAGCAAUCUUCGACCAGAUACUGAGUAUAAACUCACUGUGUACGCACAAAGCAAAAAUAUACCAAGCCGUGGAAACAAGAUGAACGAAUUUUCAACUAAGAUCUCAUCUGAUUUGUACAACGAACCAUUUCUUAUAUUAUCUGGGGGUGAUGGAAUUUAUGCUGCAACAGCAACAAGGGGGCCAGGCGGUACUGAAUCUGUACAGAGACUAUUCCCAGUAGUGGGAGGAGUCGUCAAUUCGGUAUACCACAGCCGCUGGAUCCAGAAAGACGAAGAUUACUUCUCUGAACAAGGCUCGUCAUUCCAGUGGCAGAAAUUAUUGAUAUGGAUCGAGAGAUAUACUAGGGAUAUCAAAGUUACAGAUCUAACGAGCCAGUCAAGGACUGUAACGCUUGUUUCAGGUUUGCUUCAACCCGUUGGUUUGAUAAUUGAUCCCUACGGAGAAACCAUAUAUUGGUCAGACGUUGGAAGCCAAUCAAUAGGAGUUGCAUCGAUCUCGAAUGAACCAGGAUCAAGACCUUAUCAAGUGAACAGGAAUUUGAUAAGUGGAGAUAUGCAAGCGCCCGUCUCACUUGCUAUUGACGUUGUGGACAGAUAUCUUUUCUGGGGAGAUUUGCAAGGCCAAAUAGAAAGAAGCGACAUGGCUGGAUUGCACAGAACUGUGUUACUGAAGAGGCAAAAUUUAUUGCCUUACAGUAUGACUUUUUGCUCCGAGAGUAAAAUGUUAUAUUGGAUUGAUGCCAGCACUGGAAACUUGGAAGUAAUGUCAUCGACUGGGGAAAACUACAAAAUCAUUGACAGUUCUGCAAUGAAUUCGAUGCUAACUUCAUCAACUUUGGUUAUCGCCGAUAGAAGUUUCUACUGGUUUGAAAACGAAAUAAAUUCCAUCAUGACUCUAAAGAAGUAUAAUGAAUCUGAGGAGUACGAUUCAGUUUCUUCACUAUACAGUGAUAUCAAAGUACCUUCUGUAACAGCUAUGAACAGUUUUGAUCCCGCUUCACUUGAACAAGGCUUUGGAAACGGUUAUACAUCAAUGGAAUGGCUAGUUUCUUUGAUGAAAGAAUCUACAAAUCUCUCUUUUCCGUGCUACAUGUCAGAAACCUUCUGCAUUGGCGUUUGUAUUCCCGUAACCAUGGACGAAGCCAUUUGCUCAAAUGAUUGCAAACCUUGGGAAACUAUGUGCUACAGAAGCAAAAAGGUCACUUGUAUUGACAAACACUUAACUUGUAAUGGAAUUACUGACUGUGAGUUUGGGGAAGAUGAAGACUUGCCAGAAUGUGAAAUUCAAAUUGACAAAGAUGACUGUGAAUCAGCAAAUAUGUCAGCAUAUGGCUGCCAUGAUUCUGGAAAAUGUGUUUCAUAUGAAGUUGUUUGUGAUGGAAGAAUUGAUUGCAAAGAUGGGUCGGAUGAGAAAAAAUGUCCAAUACAGAAACAAAUGUGUGACUUCGAAAAUGAUGAUUUUUGUUUAUGGACACAGGAAACACAACACGAUGAUUUUGACUGGGUUUUACAUAACAGAAAAACACCAUCAAAUGACACAGGACCCCUCAUGGACCAUUCUAUGUUAACAUUAAAUGGGAGUUAUAUUUACUUGGAAGCCACUCCUCAAAAUGAAGGUGACAAGGCUCAACUGAUAUCAGUAUAUUUUGCAAAGCCAAUUUGUAUCAGCCUCUACUAUUAUAUGCAUGGACAUACAUCAGGACAAGUAUCUGUAUUUUUACGCGAGUAUGAAACUGGUAAUCGAAAACUAAUUUGGAAAAAAAUAGGAGAACAGGGUGCAGUAUGGAAUAAUGCUGUUAUAUCAGUCGAUAGCCAUCAAAUAUAUCAGAUUAUAAUGGAGGGAACCCGAGGUGAAGAUUACAGAAGUGAUAUAGCACUCGAUGACAUCACAAUAAGUGAUGGAUUGUGUACUGUGACAACAGAAUGUGAUUUUCAUAAUUUGGAUGACUCAAUGUGUGGUUACAAAUUGGGUAAUCACUGGAAACAAGUAUCUGGAGAAGAUGUUCAGCCAGAUUCUAAACCACAACUAUUCAAUAGAAAGAAACCUUUGACACAGGAUCUUUCAAAAGCUCUUGGUUCUGAAUGGUUUUACUUUGAUUUCAAAUAUGAUGAUUUUCCUGGAUGUUCUGAAUGCAAUGGUGCUCGACUUGUAAGGGAUAUUUCUAGUCUCGAAUAUGCUGAAGAUGGUAUCAAAUAUGCUGGUGUAGUUUUGUGUGAUAAAACCAGGUAUAAAAUAUAUCUGAGUGAAUCUCUCAGUGGACCAUUUCGCAACAUCGCUGAUGGAGCAGGGAAGGGUGAGGAUCAUUGUGAAUUCAUUGGAGGAUCUGAUUAUGCAAAGGAGAUUGGGGCAUACAAAGAAUGCGAAGGUGAUGUCGGCUAUGUAAGACGAAGAUGGGGAGAAAAAUUGCAAACAGAAGCCUAUGGAUUUUACAGAUCCAUUUAUUUUGCUGCGUCAUCUUACAAAUGUGGAUUUGAGUUUCCUGAUUUUGUUGUAAAAAAUGAUCCAAAGAAAUGGUUGGAGUCAUUGCCUAAUAGUUAUUUGUACAUGGAUGCAUCAACUAUGGUUUCUCAAGAAAAUGCUUACUCUGACACCAUAGUUAUUCCCCUAUCUCUUAAAAGCGAAACAACAAAGAGGACUGAUGAAACACAGAAAAUAGUUGAAGAAGCUGAAAAGGAAGAAACAGAAGAACCAUCUGUAUUCGUUCUUUCAUCUAAGAAGCAGCCAAAAUUGAAUCAAACAAAGAUUGUUUCACGUCAUUCCCAUCCAACCAGUUGGUGUUUGAAAUUCAGAUACUUUAUUGUUGGCCCCGAUAUUGAAUCAUUCCAAGUAUCAAUCAAUAAUGAAUACAUAAUAUGGGUGAAAAAUGAGGAACAAGGCAAAACAUGGAAAAAUGCAUCUGUAGAUUUACCAUAUCCCAAUAUAAAGUAUGAUCUAAUAAUUACAGCAAAACGUGGGGAUGGGUAUAAUGGAAGUAUUGGUAUAGAUGACGUAACAAUAUCCCAUGAAUCUUGUCACCCGGAAAUGAGCUACCGGUGUACAUUUGAUGUACCAGUCAAUGAAGAUUGUGCAUUUCAGAUAUUGGGUGACUCAUUUGAGCAAGUUUCAUUGGAUAGUCUCUACAAACGUUUAUGGUCAGAUCCAAAAAUUGUGCAAAGUCACGAUUAUUCCAGUGGAGUGAUUACUGGAAAAGAAGUUGAAUUAUCCAAUGGUACAACUGUUACAAGUGGUCCAUACUUACGCAGUCCAGUUCUGCCACGUUUGAGCAAUUUUUAUCCAGUGUUGUGCCUCACAGUCAAUUACAGGCAAAGAUCUGAUGAAGGGUUGAUGUCGGUAAUAAUUCGUAGUACCUCUAGUGGACAAUUUCAUACAUUAUCAUCUCACCAUCUUCCUGCAAAGAAGUCUAUUAUUCGACCUUGGCUGACAUACAUAGCACAAAUUGAUAAAAAUGUUCCAAUAGUAUCUGAAGAAAAUUUCUACAUUGAAUUCCGUGGAUUGAAUGCAACAUGGAUAAAUGAACUUACCCUGGACACUGUAGAAUGUCCCGCUGUUGUUGAGGAUCUAUGUAGUAAUUCAAUCAGAUGUACUAAUGGUGAUUGUGUAUCUCCUGAAUCGUUAUGCGAUGGAAUUAAUGACUGUGGUGAUUGGUCAGAUGAAGUCGGCUGUUCAUCAAAGUGCGGAAAUAUUGCUGAUUAUUUUGAUGUCAAAGCAUUCUUUGAUGGAACAAAUUCCUUGGAAGAAGAUACUUGUACACAUCGAAUUCAUGGACAACCAGGAAAACAAACUCUCUUAACCGUUGGGGCUGUACAACCAACAUCGAUCUCGUCUCACAUUGUGAUGAAAGUAUAUGAAGGAUUCAAGCAGAGACAAAAAGGCGGCUCAGUGUCAAGUUCUGGAUAUUUUCCUGCUAAAUCACUUGUCUUCCAGACAGACAGAUUUUCAGAGAAAACAACGUAUUUGAUUGAAAGCCAUGAUGUCACUAUUGUGAUGGAAUAUUCCAAUUUGAGUAUGUCUCCUGUACCUUUGUCAUAUGAGAUGGUGGAAGACGGACAUUGCUCACUUGUAUGCCCAGAUCAUCAUUGUUUAUUCAACAAUAGAUAUUGUGACGGAAUACUUGGAUGUUCUGAUGGGUCAGACGAAAGAAAUUGUACAAGAUUGGUCAUUGAAGAUGGUGUCAAGGUACUGGAGGUACGCCAUCUAGAUGGCCCAUUUGCACCAAUAUGUGCUGAUGAUAUAACAGAACAACUCGCAGAUGCCGUAUGUAAACAACUGAAUGACCUUCAUGCUGAACGACCAUUGAAUAAAACGGGACUACCCGCUUCUUAUAACAAAAUCAAUCCCCAUAAGCUUGUCAGUAAAUAUGAAAUCACAGAAUCUACUUUGAUUCAAGCAUUGGUUACACGAGUAAAGAAUGAUAAAAUAGUAGGAAAUGCAAGUUUUCCAGUCACACCAAAGAAGACAGUUGGUGCAUGCAAAUCACGGGAAACCUGGAUACCAAACUGUAUAUCAUAUCAAUGUGGUGUUCGACCAAUAGAUGUAAAUCCAUCUGCAUCAAAACCAGGUCCGAAUCCGAUACUCCGAAUCAUUGGUGGAGGUUCUGUUAGAAAAGCAAAGUGGCCUUGGAUGGCAUCUUUAUUGCUGAAAGAACGAGAUCAUAACUGUGGGGCAACGCUAAUUUCUGAUAGAUUUGUGAUAACUGCAGCACAUUGCUUUGACGAACAUAAACCUCAAUCAUUCACUGUCUUACUUGGUGCAAAUUCAAUCAAAAACCAUGGAAAGGAAGCAUCUAAACAUGCGGUCAAAAGAGGAAUUAUUCACAGAUCAUACAACAAACAGGCAGAUAUACCUGACUGGGAUUUGGCUCUGGUUGAACUUGACCCCCCGGCUCAUUUCUCAACUUAUGUUUCACCUAUUUGUCUUCCUCAGGGUGAUAUGGAGUUUCCACCAGGAACACAGUGUUUUAUUGCGGGAUUUGGUCAUAUAUCAGAAGGUAGAGGAAGUCAGAAUAUGUUAAAUGAUGCCAAAACUCCAAUAAUAUCAAAUUCUGAGUGUGAUACUGAUAUGUAUAGAGGUUCAAUCACAGAAAGAAUGUUAUGCUCUGGAUUUCCAACUAAGGGCGGUGUUGGAAUCUGCCAUGGUGACAGUGGAGGACCACUCAUGUGUCAACAUCAGAACAAAGGAUCAUGGUACCAAGUUGGUGUCAUAAGUUGGAGUAUAGGAUGCGCUAACAAAGGAAAACCUGAUGUUUUUACCAAACUUCUGUCUCAUGUUGAAUGGAUUAAUGAACAGACUGGAUUCAAUUUGUCAUUGCCAAGUCAAAAUAGGCCUGUAGUUGGAACAUGUGGUGGAACGUAUUAUGGAUCUAAUACUGGAACAUUUGCCAGCCCAGGAUGGCCAAAAAAAUACUGGAAUGAUCAAGAAUGCACUUACACAAUCCUAGCUGAUCUUGGACAAACUAUUCAUUUAUCAUUUGAUGAAUUUGAAACUGAAUUAUAUUUUGAUAAUGUUGAAGUGUUCAGUGGAGAUAUGUCGGUAGCUAGUAGAGUACUCAGUCAACUAUCUGGAACAAAGAGGCCUGACCCAUUAGGAAUUCGAUCUAGUGCAGUUUAUGUUUACUUCAAAUCUGAUGAUGACACAAGUGAAAAAGGCUUUGUAGCGAGUUGGAGAGUUUCUGGAAAACCAACACCAUAUGAAGGUCCAGGACACCCGAUUGAGGUUCGUUUAAGAUCUGUUUAUUCAUCCAAAAUAGCAACAAUGGUCUAUAAAAAUCUUGGAAUAUUCUUCUACGGUGGCAUUGGUCCUGGUGGAUGGCCUUAUUACCUUCAGUACCCAUCAAGAAUGGUGAAGCAUAGACUUGCCUAUAUUCCACAAAUAGGUCAAUGGGUUAUAAGACCAGACCGUCCUCUCAUGCGUUCUAAUGAAAAUAUUGGACUGAAAACAACUUGUGUCAGCCCUACCCCCGACCAAUGUGGAACGAGUUGGAAAUUGUGGAAUGGAACUAAAUGGAUUAACAUACAACUGGUCUUGGAUGUGAAAAUUGGUAUGAAGAACCCUCAACCGACAGUUUCAGUUCCAGUAUCAACUGCAACCGAUCACCCAUCAAAUAUUCCAGACAUUCCAACAACUUCAGAACCAAACAGAAAUCAAGAGGCAGAAUUAGAAGGACAGAGUGAUGAAUCUUGUGGUGGACUACUGACUGAUCAAAAUGGUACAAUAUCAUCACCUGGUUAUGGAGAAUACAACUACAGUAACAACCUUAAUUGUAAAUGGUUUAUCAACCCUUCUGGUAGUCGAAAUUCAACUAAUAAAAAGUCUCAGUGGAUAUUGUUGGAGUUUGUAGAUAUGGACACCCAACAAUUGUUUGAUUACGUCAAAGGAUUCCCUGGAAAUAAUACAUCAGCCAUUCCAUUAUUUGGAAUGUCAGGAAAGGAUGUUCAUUUAGAAGAUGACUCAGAAAAUGAAUUAGAAAUUUCACCAAUUGAUCCCGAUUUAGAAACAAGAGAUGAAGUUGAACCAUACCUUGGCCUAUUUGGAAAUUUUGGAUUUGCAUUUGGAACACCAGCUAUUGUCAACACCCCUAAACAAACUACAACAACAACUCCUGUACAAACGCGAGGUUCGAAUGCCUUGACUGCAACAAUGAAACCAAUCACAACUGUGCUCAAAUAUGAAGAUACCGAGUUUCAAGGUUUGACACUAACUUUUACAACCGAUGAUGAAAUUACAAGUAAAGGAUUCUUUUUGAGAUAUUAUGUUAUUGAUGAUAUCACAAAAUCACCAUUAGAUAGUGAUGAUUAUGUCACUAUUGACAUAUUUGAAGAUAAAGGAACAAAAGGAGGCCGUAGAAAAAGAUCUGUUGUACCAGAUUUUAGUUAUUUCUACACUAGUGUAUCAGGCGAUUAUGAAGGGUCGGGUGAAUAUUAUGAAUACGAUUACUAUGACUACACAGCAUUAAAGGAUGUGAAGCCUGAUGCAUCUUGUAACUUCACCUUAACAAUGUCUUCUGCUGCAACACAAAUUAUAAGCUAUGAGACGCCAGAUAAUGGAUCGAAAGAUCAUGUUGUCAGAAAUUGCCUUUGGAGAUUGAAGAUAGAUUUUCCUCUCCAGUUAGUAGAUUUGGAGAUAAAUUUAGGAAGUUACAGUGGACCAAUUAUUUCUUACCUAUUCCAAGUUGGAAAUGAUCAUGAACAUGAUAUAUUGAGAGUGGAUCUUGCACCACAGACAGUGCUGAGUAAGAAAGUAAGCAGUCUUGGAGAAGUUAUGGUUCAUUUCAAAACUGAUGGUAAACAAGUUGGAUUUAAUAUUACUGCAACCUUGAGAAAUUUAUCAACUCCACCAGGUUUCAUCCCAACAACUAUUUUUGAUCUCGGAAAAAUUACUAGCAGAACACCAACUCUGGCAACCACAAUCAAAACUUUUGUAGAUCAUGAACAAGAACAAACUGUGCAAAUAACCAGUACCUGUUCCAAUGUUACUGGAAUUAUAGAAGAAAAUCAAUACUUCAUUCAUUCACCAAAUCAUCCUCAGAGUUAUUUGGGAAACACUGAAUGUACUUGGGUGUUGAAAGCUGCUGUCGGACAACAGAUCAGCAUCACUUUUACUAAAAUUGGAAUUGAAAAAGUUUCUUCAGAUUGUAGUUAUGAUAAUGUAACAGUAUAUAAUGGUGAAAUUGAUGCAGAACCUGUCGGUGUGUUUUGUGGAAAAGAUCUGCCAGAACAAAUCAUAUCAACUGGAUCUGUAAUGGUUAUCAAAUUUACAACUGACAGAUUAAUACAUGAUAUUGGUUUUCGAGCAGUUAUUUCUGCACUUGAGACUAUAAAAUAUUCUCCAAAGAAACCAAUGAGCAACAGUUUGCUGUUUUCUUGCAAUUUUGACAAUGAAGAUAUUUGUGGCUUCACUCACGAUAAGUCGGAAGAUGUUGAAUUCACUUGGACUAAACAAUUUUCGACGACACCAUCUGAAAAUACUGGGCCACCCCAUGAUGCAUCAGAGUCAAAAGAUGGUAACUACAUGUUCAUAGAAGCAUCGAUGCCUCGUGUUCCGGGAGAUAGAGCUCGUAUUGUGAGUCCAGUGAUUGAAGCCAAACCAUCAGUCCCAAUGUGUCUUAACUUUGCAUACAGCAUGAGAGGAUUGUCAGUGGGAUCAUUAGUUGUUUAUAUUUCAAUUGCAAGUGAUGGUGCAAUGAUGUUGUCAGAACAGAAAAUGGAUGUUGAAAUGCAAAUUGAAAACAUGUUUGAUUUGCGGCCAAUUGUUCUUAAUUUUGGAGCUGGAUUGAACCAAGAAAGAAUGGUGCCUACAUAUCGAAAUAGUAGUGGAAAACCAACUUGGCAGCAGUAUGUACUCUGGAGUAAGACUAGUGAGCAAGAUGAUGAACCUUGGCUUAAAGGAGAAGUCACUUUCACUCCCAACAAUCAUUUUCAGUUGUUAUUUGAAGGCAUACGUGGUUCAGAAUAUCAAUCAGAUAUAGCCAUAGACAGUAUAGUUGUACGUCAAGGGGAAUGCAAGAAAAAACAAUGCAGUAAAAAUGAACUUCAAUGUGUUGGUGACAGUGAGAGCAGAAGAAGUGUUGUCUGUGUAUCCAAGGAAUUGGAAUGUGAUGGACACAAUGAUUGUUUGGAUGGAUCAGAUGAAGCAUCUUGUACAUCACCUCUAAGAGAUCUUUGUGAUAGAAUGAGUAAAAUUCCACAGAAUACAACUCAAUUUAUGAUAUGCGACAAUGUUGAAAGAUGCAGUCCAAAGUCUGUAAAUAUUGGGCAUGUCAAAGAUAUUGCAUGUGAUGGUACAUAUGACUGCUUUGGUGGAUAUGAUGAGUCUCAUUGCGAUGUCAUCAACAAGCAGAAGGUAUCCUUGGAAACAGAGACAAAGAAAUUUGGUUGUGGAGUUCUCAGUGUCAAUCAUGAAGAUGUAACAGAAAGAAGCAAAAUUCACAAUAUUCCACCAGAGACAAUGCCAUGGGUUGCAGGAUUAUACAUUCAAGUACAUAAAUCUGAUAUGAUACAAGACUCCAUCACACUAAAUGAUCCAGAGAAACGCUUCCUCUUCCUCUGUUCUGCGGUUUUCAUCCGAGAAUCCUGGCUUCUUGCUCCAGCUCAUUGCAUUCUGGAUCCAGAAAUGACAAAACAGGAUCUCAAGCAUUUUCUCCACAACAGAGAAUCUUCAAACACUGAUGGGGAAGAAGAUGAAGAGGAAGAAGAGGAAGUUGAUUAUGAAAAACUUAUCACAGAGCCACUAAAUCAAUUCAUGAGAUAUGAUGAUCCUUUCUUAUCUGAGUUGAAUAAUCUUGAUGAGUUUCAAGACAUGUAUCCGGAUGAUAUAUACAAUGAUGAUGUUAUUGACCAGACAGAAACAGUUUUUGAAUACUAUGUUAUACUGCCUGCAAAAACAACAGAAUCAAAGCCUACAGUACACAGAGUAUCAAAACUUGUUCCACAUCCUGAAUAUUCCAUGAUGAAACUUCAGCAAGAUUGCAAUUCUACUACUAAUUAUGAAGUGAAAAUGUCAGAUGAAAAGUUUACAUCAGACACUCCCAAUGAAAGCAUUAACUGUGACAUAAAUAGAAUACAGAAUGAUGUCACUCUGAUACGAAUAGAAGAUGUUGUGACAUUUUCCACUGAUGAAGUCGAUGUCAAAGAAACAGAGGAACGAACAACUCAAUCAGCAUGCUUGAACAGCAAACAAUCACAAAUAACAGCUACAAAUGAAAAUAUAUUUAAUAACACGUCAACAGAAUUGAAUAACAUGUUCCAGCCACCAUCUGAAAAACUUACAUACUCAAAAAGUUUCAAAUCAAAAGCAACUUGUUAUGCAGUCGGAUUCUCUUUCCCUCAUAAUGAUGAUGUGAAAAAAUCUGAGUUGCAGCUGUCACGAAAAUCAGUUCAACUGGCAACUGGUGAUGUGUCUGCUGAGAAAUUAAUUUGCGGGAUGCAGAAUUUACUCGGGCCAACAGAAGACUGCUUAGAUUUAAUCAAAAUGGAACAAAAUUUCAGUCCGUUGCUUGUUGGAGGGUAUAAUGGAGUGAAAGAUGCAGCUUUUAUGUAUGAUCAAGGUCCAGUGUUGAUGUGUAAAAGUUGGAAUGAUCGAUGGUAUCUCACUGGAAUAUAUAGUUGGAGUAAUUUAUAUAGAAAUCUCCAACAUGAUAGAUUAUAUGAAGUGACAGAUGAAGCACAAAUAUCAGGUGGAAUACUACAGAAUAACAUGAUACUUGGAAUUCCGUCCGGAGUAGAUUUGUUUUUAGAUGUAACUCAAAUAUCAGAUUGGGUUCAAGAAACUCUUCGAGAAGAUUGUCCUGGUGAAUUUCCUUGCUACGAUGCAUCAAUGAUGAUUGAUUGUCCAUUUAACUACCUGGAUGAAAUUAAUUGCGCCUCUGGAUGUAGUUAUGAUGAGACAGCUGAUCCAAUGGGUCAAUAUUACAAGAAUUUGAAUAAUGUUGGUGUCCAGCUGCCAGAGAAUAUUAUUAUGAAGUACAAUCUUAAUGGGCUCAAUCACUCUAUGUCUGGGAAACUUGUAGAAAUUGGAGAUAAAAACCCAAAAAGUAUUAUAAUUGACCAACAAGAUGAUAUAGGUAUUUUGUUCAAUGCAACUGACAUUGGAGAAAGUCAAAAAUCAUGGAGAAAUGGUUUACAGCCUGGAAAUAUCAGGGCAAAUGUGGUGAACAAGCAAAAACUGAAGAUGUGUAUUUGGACUAUCAAGGCUCCACCCGGUAAAGUAUCGGUUUUGCAUGUUCACGAAUUUAAUGCAAUACCCGGAGGAAACAAAAUACAAAUUAUCAAUAGCGGUUUUGAGCAAAGUGAGUUACUGCAACCAAACAUGAAAGAUGUAUACUAUACUUCACGACCAGGAGAUACCUUAACAAUCAGAAUGUUGCCACCUAGUGGCCAGCCAUACUUGGAAGAAAUAAGAUACUUUGAAGCAAGUCACCAUGCAGAAGGUGUAGGAAUAUGUAAAAAUCGACACAAAUGUGGAGAUGGAACCUGUGUGUCACCUCACCAUGUAUGUGAUGGAAUUUGGCAUUGCAAAGAUAAAUCAGAUGAGAUGGAUUGCCCAUCAGGAUGCGGCGGUCCAGCUUUUAUUUCGGGCCCAUCAAGCGGGAUUAUCCAAAGUAAAAAUUAUCCUUUAUCACACAACGGCAAUGGAGACUGUGAAUGGCAAUUCGUAGUUUCAAAGCAUUCAAGUGAAGUAGAUACACCAGAGAUGUAUUUUGAAUUUACUGAUUUCAAGACUAAUGUUCAUGAUAUCAUGUUCCUCUUCAAAGGAGCUGGAGUCAGAAAAUCUGGAGAAAAUUUAUUGGGUGUUUAUAUGGGAGAUCGUGGUUCCUUCAACAUAACAAUUCAGGCGAAUAGUGCAACAUUAUUGGUUCGAAGCAAUGAUUUUAUAAGAAGUCGUCGUUUUAAAAUGAAAUAUACACUUAACAACAUGACAUAGGUUCAAGACUGUACUUAGCACACAAGAGAUGGAUAUGCAGAAAUUCACUAAUAAUGAAGCGCUUAAUGAAAAUGCAGAAAAUACUCUGAAGGCCCAAGCUUCUCAGGAUUAUAGAGUGUGCACAACAAAGAGUACUGCUUCGUCAAUGAAACACUUUUUUCAUUUUUCUUGUUUGAUUCGUUCGUUCCCAUCAAUCAUUUAUAUAUAACAUUGUACUUUCCAGAUGAGCUAAAAACUUGACAUCAAAAAUAGUAUUGAUAGAGCCUCAUAUAUAUCAUGAGAUAUUAGUGGCGGCUUGCACGGAGUGAAAAGCGUGAGCGAGUAAGCUAUAGAAGUAUAUUGAACUAAGCCAGCUUAUAAUCUGUGUUCCUUUUUAUGUUUUUUAUUCUAUAGAUUUUUAAAGCCUGUUUUUGCCUUACAUGUACCUCUUAAGUGCCACAAAAAACUUCGAUGUGUAUUAUUCUUAUUACAGAUUCUAUAACAAGUUACAAUUGUACUUGAAUAUUUUAGAAAUGUAUUGAUGUUGACCUUAUUGAAAUAUUUUUGAUCUCUUAGCACAGUUAAGUAUGAGCAAAUAAUUGAUUUGGUCCCUCUUGGUUUUAUCGUUAGAUCUCACAGUAUCAUUUUGUUGCACUCGCACUAACUUGUCUUUACAUUCUUGUAUUUAUUUUUUAUUUAAACUCAUUCACUAUUUUUGUCAACAUUUGACGAUACAAGAAAUAAAUAUACAUUUGUUAAAUGCCCAACAAGCCUUUUCGGUUUAGAAAUCAUUGAUUAGAUAUUGUCAGAACAAAACAUCCAGUUAAUAAGAAAAGCUAAAGUAAUUAAACACAUUUCCUGCGAACUUUUCAACUGCUUAUUAGCUCUAAUACAAUCAAGAAUGAUAGAUCACAAUUAUGAUACUGGCUGCUCAUCAUGAUUAAACAAGCUUUCUCAAUCUUUGUGUUGAUGCUAAGUUUGCCCCACAUCAGAAAUCUAAAUUUCAUACUAGUUUUUACUAUAAUAUAUAUUGUACAUUACAAUUACUGUACAUUACUUAUAAAACAGCAGUGAGAACAAUAAAAAUGAGGAAUAAUACUGUAUACACUGGAACAAGACAACAUAGUGAUAGGAAUUUUAUUACCACAACCCAAAUGCUCAACCUAAAACAACUGUAUUAUAAAAAUUGUUGGCUACAGAUUUGUGACAUCGAAACAA